GUACUUCUAUACUUUUUGGAAGAAGUAACAUGUUUUAUUUACCAACACUUUAGAUUAUUAUUAGGUACCGUUAGUGCUGAUGUUAAUUUACAAGAGAAAGCAAGAUUUUCAAGAUCCCGUUAUCUUAUUCUAUUUUAAGCGUUUUCCUUAUAAUAAAAUUAGAUAAAGAAGAAUAUUUAUCAAUAAUUAAAUAAGUGGUAGAUAAAAACCUACGGAAUUGAAAAGUUACAUAGUUAAAGAGAUAUAUGUAUAUAAAUGUAAUUAGUAAGAAAAUUUCGUCCAUUAAAAGUUAAUUAUGAUUCACAAUUUAAAGUUUCUCAAAUUGUAAGGAUUCCCUUUAAAUAUUCUAACCUUACCUAACUUCGCAUAUUGGGAGUAGUGCGAAUGUCUGUGAUGUGUGUCAUAAUGUUUACAUGCUAAUGAAAAAGGAAUAUGUGCCGAAUGAAUAAUUUUUUUUCUGGAUUUUUAUAUAUCAUUAACAAUGAACAACUUUGACCUGAGUUUUAUUUGGAAAAUGGGAUGUCUUUGCGCUAAGGAAACUAUUAUUAUAAAUACGAGAAAAUAUACAGUUCGUGAACAUCUGGGAGAAGGUGGAUUUAGUACAGUACUUUUAGUAGAAGAUAAUAUAACACAUAAAAAAUAUGCUAUUAAAAAGAUUGUUUGUCAUGGAUCAGAAGACCAACGUUUAGCAAUGAAAGAAAUAGAAUAUCAUCAUCUUGUAAAGCAUCCAAAUGUUAUAGAAUGUAUUGAUUCUACACACAGAGGAACAGCAGAUCCUGUUGUCAAUUCAACUAGUGAAGUAUUACUUGUACUACCUUAUUAUUAUAGAGGUACAUUAGCACAUGAGUUAGAAAGACGAGCUAAAAAUAAUGAUUAUAUGAAUCCUAUAGAUAUUUUAAUGACCUUUUUACGAAUAUGUGAGGGUGUACAAGCUUUUCAUGAGGCAAAGCCAGAUCCUCUUGCGCAUAGAGAUCUGAAGACUGCAAAUAUAGUUUUAAAUGAUCAAAAUAUGCCUAUUAUAAUGGAUUUAGGAUCUGUAGCACCGGCAAGAGUUAAAGUUUGUGGUAAUCAAGAAGCUCAAACAUUGCAAGAUGUAGCUGCUGAAAGAUGUUCGAUGCCAUAUAGAGCACCGGAGUUAUUCAAUGUUGAAAGCUACUGUAUGAUUGAUGAACGAACAGAUAUUUGGUCUCUAGGAUGUAUUCUGUAUGCCUUAUGCUACUUCAAAUCUCCAUUUGACACUGUUUAUGAAAGAGGAGACAGUGUGGCACUCGCUGUUAUAAGUGCAAAUAUUACAUUUCCAGAAGAAGCACCCUAUAAUGAAGAUAUGCAAAAUUUAAUUCUCUCUAUUUUAAAAGUUAAUCCAAUGCAGCGGCCUUAUAUAUAUACUGUUAUAGAAAAUGUACACGAUACUAUAACAAAAUUCCAAAAUAGAGUGUAAUUUUAUAAUGAUUGACAGAUUAGAUAUAAUUCUGCUUUAGAUAAAUGCAGAAAUAUUUAUGUUUUUGUUAUAAAAUUCGAGAAGAAAAUUUUUAAUGAUAAACAAUGUGAAUAGAAACAGUGAUAGAUUUUUUAUACGCUGAGCGGAAUAUAAUAUAAUUUUUUUCGUAAAUAAUUAAUCAAUAUACUCAUGGGUAGAUUAUAUUAACAAAGAGAGUGCAAGGUCUUGCCCUCACGGAUUUUGUUCAAAUUUUCUAGGAUAAUAGAUUUUGCUUCCCUGUUUACGAAUAUAUAUGGUUAUAGGGGCCACUACUCAAUAAUUUUUUAGAUAAUUGCAAUUAAAGAUGAUAAAUAAAAAUGCCGUUUAAUCCUUAAAUUCAUUUCUCAAUUCUCAAAUUCCAAAAUAAUAUAAAUAUAAUAU